UAUUUGAUAAUUUGCAUACAUUAUUUAAUAACUUAAAUAUUAAUACAUCAGCUAUACAGCUUCAAGAAAAUUCAAAUGAUUCAUUGCUUGUACAUAUAUAUCAAUAUCAAUUAACUAAUGCUGAUAAGAUCACAAAAUAUUUUGCAUAUCUAAAAAUUUCUUCAAAUAUUAAUCCACUUCAAUG